AUCUUUUAAUAUAUCGAUAUCGUUAGACAGCGUGGACGGUGGUAUCGAUCGCACGACUGCUCGAUCUUUUGAAUUAAUCGUAAACCGUCGACUGUCACUGCCGUGAACAUAACACUGCAUGUAGCUACGUCGACUGCGACCGAAUACGUCUUCCUUUUUACUUAUCUCACCGGGUACUUCGUCUUCCUGCUUUUUGGCGAGCGGAUCAAACUCGCUGUAGCUCCUGUACUUGGCAUUGAAUUAGUGAAAAAAUGAAACUUACACUGGGUAUACUUGUGAUUUGCACGUUUAUUAAAAUGCAUCGAGGACAAGUGGAAAAUUCUGUACCGUUCCUGGAAACAAUUAAUAACGUCGCUGAUCGUACUACUAAUUUUUAUUCUGGAAUUAUUGAUGGGUCUAAAAGAUUGAUACAUCGAGUAAAGGAUAACGUUCUUGAUUUCGUCGAAAAUGCAGUGGACAUUCCACGGAAUAUUUAUCAAAAUGCAGCCAGACGAACGACUGAUUACGUCCACAGUGCCAGCUCGAAAAUUUUGGAAUCCAAGCUGAUAUCUUUAUUGGAUACGUUUCGAAUUUGCAUGAGGGAGGGGAUGCCCGAUGUGGGGAUUCCCAUUAUGGAUCCGCUCUUUAUCUCCCAUUACGAUCUGGAUACCCAUAACGAGGAAAUUGGCGAUGUUUCCGGAUUUAUUCAUAAUGUCACGGUCCGUGGAGCCUCGACGUUCAUUGUUGAUUAUGCCAGUCUCUCUCUGAUUGGUCCAAUGGUGACAUUGAACUUGACUGUACCGCAACUGUACGUAGUUGGAUAUUACAAUAUUAAGGGAAGAAUUGGGAAUAUGUUUGACAUUUAUGGAAACGGGCCAUUCACUGCCACUAUAUAUAAUACCAAGAUAUAUCUGCACACUGUUCUGGGAUAUUCAAGAGGCCUUUACAUGAAAUCGUUCGAUUUAGACUUUUCGAUAGAGUCGAUAAACAUGGAUUUACGUAAUUUCAUGAGAAAUAAAAAAUAUGGAAAAGUUAUGAACGAGGUUUUAGAAGAAAUGGCGCCAAAAGCACUUGAAAUUAUAAAACCGGAAAUUCUACCGCAAAUACAAAAUUACAUACUGAACAGAGCUAACGAUACGUUGUAUCAUCUUACUGUAAGGGACGUGAUAAAUUUUCUUACGCUUAAAAUAGAUAUAGGAGAUUUCAGGCGCAUUGUCGCAGAUAAAAUAAAAAUUCAUUGAUGAAAAAUCUAAAGAUUACUAAUAAUAGGAAAAAUAAAAUUACAUCGAGCGACCGAUGUAUACGGAAGCA